AUGGGCAAGCUCUACCUUCUUUUCGAGGCAGCGUCGGGAUAUGCGAUCUUUCGAGUGGUGGAGGCUGAAGACGUAGCAUCUGGUACGACUGCGGUACAGUCCUCGUGGGGAGACUUCCACCGCUUUGCGAGCAUCGUCAAGUUGCGAGCCUUCGAGCCGUACGUCUCAGCGGACCAGGCACUUGAGGACGUGAGUGCCGUGUCGGAAAAUCGAGUGACGCCUUUCCUACUUGAGUUCGUUCGCGGUUAUUUUGGCUCGAAAAGAUGUCUUCUGGGAGUCUCGGAACCGCGGUUUGGCGCAGCGCUCCAGGAACAACUGGGAAAGAAGCACGUGAGAGUUGUUGCGGACGAACACAUCCAGGAGCUUUUGCGAAACAUCCGGCAGCACUUCGAGAAGUUUCUCAGUGCGGAGGUCUCGAGCGAGGAGCUCUCGAAAGCACAGCUCGGUCUGGCUCACGCGUUAUCCCGUUCGCGCAUCCAGUUCAAUCCGCAGCGCAAUGAUCACGCCGUCGUCCAAGCGAUUCAUCUUAUCGACCAGCUUGACAAGGAUAUCAAUACUUUUGGGAUGCGUGUCCGCGAGUGGUACUCCUGGCACUUCCCUGAACUUGCGAAGCUCGUGAGCGAUAUCGUUCUCUACUGCCGUUUGGUGUGUGCUCUGGGCAUGCGCUCCGAAAUGACGACGAAGCAGGAGGAGGACGUGAAUAGCCUGCUCCAUGGCGAUGAGGAGCUCACGCAGCGGAUUCUUCGUGCAGCCCGCUCCUCAAUGGGAACGGAAAUCAGCCCUCUGGACAUCAUUCAGAUCCGUUUGUUUGCGCAGAGAGUGAUUCAAAUGGCAACCUAUCGGGACCAUCUGCAGGGCUAUCUUGGUCAGCGCUUAUCGCUGAUUGCACCGAGUUUGCGGGCGUUGCUCGGUGAUCACGUCGCAGCGCGACUCAUUGCGCAUGCUGGCUCUCUGGUGAACCUAGCAAAGUAUCCUGCAUCAACUGUGCAGAUCCUUGGCGCAGAAAAGGCGCUUUUCCGGGCUCUAAAGCAAGCACGGGGAAAGCGGCUCGCGCGAACGCCCAAGUAUGGGUUACUCUUCAAUUCGACAUUCAUUGCCAAGGCAAAGCAACGAGCCAAAGGUCGCAUUUCGCGUUACCUGGCGAAUAAAGUGAGCUUGGCAAGCCGCAUCGACUGCUUCCGCUCCGAUAGAAUCGGCGACACAUUCGGUCGCAAGUUGCGAGAGCAGGUCGAGGAGCGGCUCCAGUUCUAUGAAAAAGGCUUGCGACCUCGGCGCAAUGCGGCCGUAAUGACUGAGGCCAUGAACGAGGCGCUUGCCACCAGCGCCAUGGAUGACAUGCGUGGAAGCGAUAUCGAGGAAACUCCGAGACCUGCAGCCGCUGGCCUACGCGCUGAUCGGCUGGAAAAUUCUUUGCUUGUUUUUGGCUCGGCAACCAAUGCGGAUGCAGAAGGCGUACCGGAAUCUGCGGCCCCGGAGACGCCAGCCCAUGACGUCAUGAUGCGGAAACGAAGCCACGAUGACACAUCGUUCGUUGAUGCGGGUGACGCCCAUUUGACGACACUGGGAGCCCAGGAUAGUUCUCGAGAAGCAAUUCCUCGUGAAGCCCCGCGGAAGAAGAAGAAACAAGACAAACAUCGCGCCGAGGCGGUGCACGAAACCGUGUGA